UUAUGAAAUAAUGUGCUUUUAAUGAGUAGUAAUAGUCAAGAGCAUGGUUUCCAUCUGCCUGUGAUAACUUCCUGAUAAACUUCAGAAGGCUGCCACUCAUUUUGAGCAUGGAUAAUCCAGUGAACUCAUUGUUGUAAGACGGUGGAAAUUGCCAGCCUAAGCCCUGUUGAGGAUUCUUGAGCAAACUGGCUAAGAAGGAACAGGUGGUUUCUGAUGAUGCCUGUUCGCUGAUUGAGUUAUACCUACUACUUGAGGGAAGCAAACAUGUUAUGCAUAUUAAGAAUCUCUAAGUAGGCUUAUUGAUGACCUCCAGAAUGAAUUCUCCAAAAAAUGUAUUCCAUUUUUAGUAAGUUUUGCUUCCUGUUAAAGUAGUAGUACCUGAGAAAAAUUGCGUCACACUGACACGUUUUGACAUUAUCGGUAAGCCGUUUUCUUUUUUAUAAUUUGAUUUGUAUGCUAGAGCAGGGAUCUGCAAACUACGGCCCGUGGGACACACCGGCCCACGGCCUGUUUUUGUAAAUAAAGUUUUAUUGGAACACAGCCACACCCCUUGUUUAUUAAUCAUCGUCUAGGACUGCUUUUGCACAACAGUGGCAGAGUUUGAGUAGUCCCAACAAAGACCAUGUGGCCUGCAAAUCCUACAGUGCUUAGUGUCUGGCCAUUUACAUGAAAAGUUUGUUGACCCCUGUGCUAGAGUAUAAUCUAAGACUGGUUUUUUAAAUGCUGGAAAAACUGCAGUCUGGUUAGCCAACUGCCAGUUAGUUAUUACUGACGAGAUUUUGUUUUUAGUUUGACAUUUAAAUUUUAAAAAAUUUCUACCGGAAUGAUAAAAUAGGGUAUGUUGGGUAAAAGAAGAGUGUAAAAUGAUUUCAGAUAUCCAGAUUUUUCUCUCUCAAAUCUUCAUUUGCAGACAACGUAGGCAUUGAAACAUUUAUCUGUAGGCAUUUGUCUUUGGAUGUCAAAAAGCUGUUUGCUGAGGUGGGAUGCUGAUAAUUAUCAACUCUGGAAAGAAUUACCCAAAGGAAAAUACGUGAGAGUGGAGUGCGUUGUUGCAAAUAAAACUGUGCUGGAUCUUUUAGGAAAACAUUUCCUCCUGACCCUUAAAUGUCUCUAAAAACAUGUGCCAAGAAUUCAUUCUAGCAGCAGACGACACACCCAAAAUGCUGAGCUUGAGUCCACAGAGCUGCCUCUUUCCCCGUCACUUUUUCCUGUAAGGCUUAGUUUAUUUUCUUCUGAAUGCCGGUUCACGUUUCCCUGGUUUCUCACGGAAUAAAUGACGUUCCCCAUCCCUCGCCCCACCUCACCCACCGCCCAGCCCCCGAGACGCAGAAGACCACUAGAAACGUUCCCCUCCCUGGUCAUUUCAUUCUGUUGCCUGAAGAUGAACUGUUCGGCAAGGCUUAUGACCUUGUCACAGGAGGAAGUUCCUCCCACCCAGCUUUGGUAACACGGUCUAAACAACUCACACCGGAGCGGCUAAUAGUUCCACAGGCAGCGUUUCCAUCAGCACGCGAACUGCAGAUGGCAGCGUGGACAGGGAGGGGCUUCGUCUUCCUGAGUUGAGACUUGCCCGCUGGCUGCCUCGAGUGUACUUUCUUCCAGCGAAUGUUUGCAGUCAGAGAGAGAGCUUGGAGUAAAUGACACUCUCAGGAAAAACAAAAUAGCAAACCCGCCUCGACAGGGGUCUGCUUUUGUGACUGCCGUUUGGUAAAUGUAUCAGUAGGUGUGCAAUUUCAUUGGAUAUUCUGUUUUGUUUUGUUUUUUUUCAAUUGUCUUUGUACCUAUGAUUGAAAACGGUAGUUGGUCUAUGACUGUUGAGGAGAGGGAGAACCGGAGACUACAGGAGGCCAGCAUGAGGCUGGAACAGGAGAACGAUGACCUCGCCCAUGAACUGGUCACCAGCAAAAUUGCUCUGCGAAAUGACUUGGAUCAGGCAGAAGACAAGGCGGAUGUGUUGAAUAAGGAGCUCCUCCUGACCAAACAGAGGCUGGUGGAGGCUGAAGAGGAGAAGAGGAAGCAAGAGGAAGAGACUGCACAGCUGAAAGAAGUCUUUCGGAAACAGCUGGAGAAGGCAGAAUAUGAAAUAAAGAAGACCACUGCGAUCAUCGCUGAGUAUAAGCAGAUCUGCUCCCAGUUAAGUACCAGACUGGAGAAACAGCAAACAGCCAGCAAGGAGGAGCUGGAAGUGGUAAAGGGUAAGAUGAUGACGUGUAAACACUGCAGUGACAUUUUCAGCAAAGAGGGCACUUUGAAACUAGCGGCCAUCAGCAGAGAGGACCAGGGGAUCGAGCCGGACGACGAGAAGGACUCCCUGAAGAAGCAGCUGAGGGAGUUGGAGCUGGAAUUGGCGCAGACCAAGCUGCAGCUGGUGGAAGCUAAGUGCAAAAUCCAGGAACUUGAACAUCAGAGAGGAGCCCUUAUGAAUGAAAUCCAAGCUGCAAAAAACUCUUGGUUUAGCAAAACCCUGAACUCUAUCAAAACGGCCACGGGCACCCAGCCGCUGCAGCCACCACAGGCCACCCAGCCACCCAAGGAGAGCACAUAGUUCCAGCCUCGCCCGAGCACAAGAGCACAAUGAUCAAAGUGACAGAAACCCAGGAGGACUCUCCCCAGUGUCCCUUUGAAGGAAAGUAAAGGAGGCCAGAAAGCAAACCAGAAUCUUUCAGUAGCUCUCUUUCUUGUUUGAUACUUUUUCAAAGGGAUGUUACUUAAACUGCCCUGACUUAUGUUGAAUACCUGUUUUCGAGCUUCUUCAUGGGAGGCCACGUUCAGUUCCAUCAUAGUGAUUACACAUUAUUUUAUAUGCCUGAUGUUUAGUUGGAAAUAAGUAAUUCAGAACUAAAUGCCUUUUAUUUAGAACUAAUUAUUCAUAAUUACUUUUAUCUUCCAUAAAAAUGGAGAUGUCUUUUAUUCCAAGGUUGAAGUGAUAAGAUGAUAUUUGUCACAGCAAAUAAAAAAAAAGAAGAAGAAAGAAAGAAAAAAAGAUUGAAACCGAAAGCUCUUAACUUUUCAGGACUUAUUCACAGAAAGCACACUGUGGGGCCAUUCGUGACGACCAUCAGGUUUCUUCCCGAAAGUGAUUCCCUGGAUAACGAUAAUCCUGUCCAAAGAGUAAACCUGGGAUUGAGCAGUCCCCAAAAGGAAUUAGUUUAUUUUCAUUUUCUGUUGGGUAUAUCUGGAAAUGAAAUGGCAAGAAUCAUAGAAUAAGAUAGACUAUUGACAAUACACGCUAGAUGAAAGGCCCUGGGAUUUUGAUAAACGCAGGAGAAGAUAAACCAUUUGGCCCUAGUAUUCUAACGGCUCCUUUUGAGAAACUGCAUGGGGAUUGCAUAUUCCUAAGUAUGAAUACUUGCAGCAAACGUGAAGUCAGGAGGGUCUAGUGCAAGCUGCAGCAUUAGGGAACCUUUACCAGACAAGCCUAGAGAGGCCCAGGUUCAGGCACUGUGCUUAAAAUGAAAUAGAGAACCAGGGACAGAGUAUUUCAUUUGAUAUUGACAUAUAUUUGCCAAGGAAACACUAAUAUACUGUAGCUUUUUAAAGUUAUGAAAUGGGAAAUACAGGCCAGCUUCACAUCAUCUUAGUUUACUGUUGGGCGACUUUUCCUGAUUUCUGUAUCUCCCUACAAAUGUGCCCUUGGUACCCGAGAGGAAGAGAUGUGAAUGCAUUGGUAACAUUUUUGAUUGAAUACAAAACCUUUAUAGAAAUACUUAUCUCCUGGAAAGGGAAAGCUAGUGUUUAAAAGUUGGUGGAAAUAGUUUUUUCAAUGAUAUUUAACAUGUCUAUGUGGAUCGUCCUUGCAGGAAAUCCUUUGGUAAGGACAAAACCAAUUUUCCCAUCUUCUAAGCUAGUUUGGAGGCCUUCGGUCCUUUGCACCACCCAAACUGCUGCCAGCACGUACAAUAACAUUUAGUGAUACUCAUCCUUGGCUUCAUUGUUGAACACGUUCUUAGCAAGGACCUUAAACUCUGUAGUGCCACAGGGAUUCUCGUCUGUGCCACAUGUUGCAAUUAAGAGUAACACAUUCUUGGAAGUAAAAAUUAAGGAAGAGCCAUCUCGACUCCGGGAGCACGUGCUACAAGUUGCUCGUGGUAGAUCCUUUCCUCCAAAAUGAUCAUUAAACUCUAAAAAGUUAAGUCCCCUUCACUUGUGUUUAUAUCAUCUACAACCCAUGAAACCGAUAUGGAUGUUAGCCUUCGUUACACUCAUCAAAUAAUACUUUUUUUACAGAAUUAUUUGUUUGGUCCUGACAUCUUUCAUUAUAAUAUUCAUUUCCUUGUACCAAAAAGAAAAUAAUCCAGCAUUCUUGAGUGUGUGUUGACUAAUAUUCCUUACUCGGUGAUUUAGCAAAGGUAAUCUUUUUGUUGUUGUUUAAAUAUAAUGGCUAGAAAAAUUGCAUCUUGGUACUUGUUUCUGUAAAUCAUUCAGUAUAAUUUUUUAGCUUUGCUGGUACUUUAUGCUCUUAUUCCAGGAAGCCUUGUACAAGUUGCCUUAUGAAAUGGCCAGCUAAAUUAAAGAUGUUCUUUUGUGUUUUGUGACUCUCAUAGUUUUCCUGUAAGAGCUCUUUUUAACCUCCAAAAAUCAGCAUAUUCCACAGAAUGCCUAAAUUGCAGUAUUUUCCUUACAUCACAGUUGAAGGACAAAUAGAAUGGCUGUGGGUUCAGUCCUUACCUGUACACCUGGCUCAGUUCCAGAGCCCCUAACAUCUUUUUUUCUUUAAACAAAAUCACCAGGUACCUGCAUUCCAAAUGUGUAAUGUCUUUUGAAUUUUCUCUUAACUCUUUCAAAAGAUUUUAAUGGCCAUCUAUAGAUUUUUUUUUCUUCUCCAGUUCCAUAUCAUACUUAGGUACGUGUAUUGGUACCAUAAGUCUGAACUGUUCCUUUGUGCAAUGCCUUUGGGUCAGUAGCAAUACUAAAGACAGAAAAUUCAAAAUUUGGUAUAGGAUGUGAUUAUUCAUUCAAUAUGUUCUCAUAGCACUCUCCCAAACCACAUAUCCUUCCCCACAUACAGUUUGCAAACUUGUGCAUCCUGGUAUUAAGUAACUGCUAGUUUUAAUUUCACUUAUUUUGAAACAUAUUUGAAAAUUGCCACUCUUCUCUUGAAUUUCUUUUAGAUAUCAACUAACCCAAAUAUCUAGGAAAUUUCCAAAUAUUCUAGAGUGUUUUUUUGUCUUUUCCUAGGAUAUGUUGUAGAAAACAUUCCUCCAAAAAAUCCAACAUUUGCAGAAUUCUAAAGAGUGAUGAUUUCUUCUUUCAUUAAAUUCUGCAGAAUAAAUUAAGGGAAUGAAUUUCAAUUUCAUAAUUCAGUUCAUUAGCUUUUGUAUCUCGAGACUCUUGUUUAACACAUUCUUUCAAGCUGAAAGAAACCAGGCUGAAUUUUGCGGUGCACAUGUUUGCUAGCUUCCCACGUCCCAAGCUAUGGCACAAUUUGGUUAUAUUUAGUUACAUAUAAUUUAAUGCAAAGAUAUUCUCAGUUACCUAAUGUCCUGUUUAUGAGUGCUUAUCAGAAACACUAAUAGGAAUGUCAUAUGGGCCUACGACCUCUCUUUCCAUAUAUAACCUCUCUCUCUUUCCCGCUCCCAGCUAGUAAGUUAGUAAUUUCUCCACUGGUCGUCUUAAAUUUCCAUAGUAAAGUACAAAAGCAAUCUUUGCACUGAUGUUGGGAUAUUUAAUAAUAAUAGUUAUCUUGUUUCAUAUUUUUUCCAAAAUUUUCAUUCCUUUAUACUAUGUAUUAAUAUUUAUUUUUCUCAAACACCUCCUCCAUUUCCUUAAAAUAUUUAACAGUUAAUAGCUAUGGCUUUAUUUUCCAGAGGAGGUGAGAAAAACAAGAGAAUACACAGUUUAGGGUGUGAGAUGAGAAAUCCUUAAAGGAGUUGAUUUGUUACUGAGGAUGAAGAUCAUGUAUCUAACUAAUGUAAGGGAUCUUGUUUUCUGUAGCUGAAAUCAGCCUAAUUAUCCUGCCAGAGUGGUUGUGUGAUUUCAGGACCUCUUUAAGGGAAAAAUUUAAAAAUAAAUUAAAAAAAUUAAAUACCUGGUUUGUUUUCUCUCUCUGGGAAAGAACACUUUUAAUUACUCAGCAAGAGGAUUCUAUUGUACAACUUCCUCGUUAAAACGAACCACAAAGUCUAAAAUAGCUCUGCUUUUCUUGCUUCAGUUACAAGUAAAUGAGACAGUAGACCAACUCUGUUGUUUAACUUGAACACCGUUAGAUUUGCGUGUGCGUGUGAGUGGUAGGGUUCCACAGGGAGCAUCCCUGCCUUUUUUGUACAGCCAGGUACCGUGCAACUGAAUACAGCCGAGGCCAACCAAAAGUCUAGUGGCCCGUAUCUCCUACUACCAGAUACAGAACUGUCUUUCCCUCUGGUUGCCAUGCUGACGUCACGCUGAGCUGGAACUGUUCUAGAACACCUUUCCUUUCGCAAAGUGACAUCCGUGUAAUACAGGCAAAGCCCUUAAUCUUAGGAAUUCCCCUCUCUCCCGAAAGUUAACCAAAAUGAACACCUCCAUGUGGGCUGUACCUCCACAGCUGAUGAUCGUGAGAUGUGAGGAGAAAAGUAGAUGUUUACAAGUAGCUUAGGGACUACAGUGGGCUGUCAGGUGUUCCCUUCCCGGCUUCCAUCUAAAAGACUGCACGGCCAGUGUCUCUCCGAAUGAAUUUGUUACAUGUUAUAAAGACAUCAUCAACAUGUCCAUUCUCUCCACCUCCGUCCUUAGUCUGUCAUUAGUAGUAUUCUGAAAACUUUAAGAAAAAAGCAUCGUUGAGUAAAAACCAAACAUUUUAAAGUUAUUUUCCUUUUUCAUUGGCAAUGAGUUAAAACAUGUAAAAUCUUUUCCAUUAAAAUGUAACGUUUAAUAACUAUAUUAUAUGUGGAAUAAAGUAUGAGGAAACUCAAUUAUAAGUAUAUAAAUGCAUCAGGACUCUGGUGUCAUGCAAGCACAAGAAUAAAGCUGGAGAUGGUCCCAGAAUCCAAGAUGACCCAAUAGCCUUUUGCAUCACUUUCUCCAUUUUUGAUGUUUUGCAUAAUGUCUGGAUCCUCGGUUCAAACGAAGGAAGAACUUUCUCAAUGAGCAUCACUUCCUUUCUUUCAACUCCUACCUUUCCCUUGCUGAGGAGGUAGCAGAAAUUCUGUACCAUUUAUUUUUAUGAGUUCUGUGAUUUUGCCCAUGACUUCUCUGAUGAAAACAGGUUCUAGAAGAAAGGAGUUGAUUGUAGUGCUGACUACAAAAGAAACAUGGAUGAGCAGCCUCUGUGAACACUGACCAAUUCGAUGUUUCCAUAAUUCCAUGUAUUAUGUAUAGUACAUGCUAUCUGUAAAUGUAAUGCUUGUUAAGAAAAGUGCAAUUUAUUGUACAUUGUCCCAAGAAAUGUUUACUUUUUUAACAGUUAUGAACUUGGAUUAGUAUCUUGUUUUCAUGUGUGAAUGAAGCCUUGUGAAAUAAACAAAUUCAACCAAAAGGUGA